UCUCGGUGCGCCGCUCUUCACUACGAUCGGCUAGCACCUUCUCCGCCUGGAUGUCGACGCACGCUUCAAUUCCCACACCGAGUCCCACCCACACGUCUUCACUCCUUUGUAUCUUUCGCCUUCUUGACGAUACGCGCGCAAAUUCUUGUUCGUGAAAAUAGGGGCCGGCCCACUUCUUUCAGAGGCUGCCCGUUUUGCCGGUCGAAGGCUACACUCGCAUGCACAGACAGGCAAUUGGACUUACAUGACAAUAGAGCCGUGAACGAGACAAGGAGGUGGAUUAACUGCUGGGAGCCUGUCGCCUGGAGAAGGUCAUGGUGGAGUUAUAACCAGUCCUCUGUCUUGCCUGAAGGGAUCGCUUAGCGUCCUUUGAUUCACGGUCGCGAUCACGUCUGCCAGCUCCCUGUCCCGCUCCCUCACCCAACCACACGAUAUGUCGGAAGAUGACGGUGAUCGCCAGUCAGCGCAACUAGAACCCGAGCUGCGCGAGAUGAAGAUUGAAGAAGAAGGUUCUCCUAGUCCUCUACGCACAGAUGGCCAUCUUCAGUCCCCUGCCGGCCGACAACGGUCCUCUACUCCUAACAGCGACGUCGCUCCGACUGCUCUCAAAUUCGCAUCAGCCUCGCUGUCACCACACAAGAUGGAGAAAGAGUUGCAGUCCCCGGCCACUCCGGCGGAACAGGAGGAAACCAUAGGUGGCGAAAUUACACUCAAGUUGGAGCCAGGCAAGAUUCCAAGACUGGCACGAACAGCGUCGCAAAAGAUUGUUCCCCGACCACCGCCGCUGUAUAACGAUCUUCCGGAUAAGACACAAGAAGCCGUUUCUAAAUUUCUGGUCCUCUCAGAUUGCACUUACACCCCCAAGUACUUGGGCGAAACAGAGCACGCUUUGGAGUGCGACUGUCCAGAGGAGUGGGAUUCGGCAACGCAAAUGAACUUUGCUUGUGGCGAAGAUUCCGACUGCAUCAAUCGGGCCACCAAAAUGGAGUGUCUUGGGGAGUGCGGCUGUGGCACGGACUGCCAGAAUCAGCGGUUUCAGCGCAAGCAGUAUGCCAACGUGUCUGUAAUUCAGACUGAAAAGAAAGGUUACGGUCUUCGCGCCAAUACCGACCUACGUGAGGGUGAUUUCAUUUUUGAAUACAUUGGAGAAGUUAUCAACGAAGGCAAUUUUCGUCGACGAAUGCGCCAAUAUGAUGAAGAAGGCAUCAAGCACUUCUACUUCAUGUCACUCAGCAGGGGCGAGUUUGUGGAUGCAACAAAGAGAGGAAACUUGGGCAGAUUUUGCAAUCAUUCUUGCAAUCCGAAUUGCUACGUCGACAAAUGGGUGAUUGGAGAUAAGCUACGCAUGGGCAUAUUCGCCGAACGCAAGAUCAGAGCAGGCGAAGAAUUGGUCUUCAAUUAUAAUGUAGACCGAUAUGGUGCGGACCCUCAGCCGUGCUACUGUGGUGAACCCAACUGCUCUGGUUUCAUAGGAGGCAAGACUCAGACCGACGAUGCGCCCAAGCUUUCCAAUAUCACAAUUGAAGCGCUGGGUAUCCUCGAUGGCGAGGAUUGGGACGAGGCCACUUCGAAACGACCCAGGAAGAAGAAACUUGGCGAAGCGGAUGAGGAAUAUGUCAACAAUGUACAACCGAAAUUAUUGGAAGAAAGCGGUGUCACCAAAGUCAUGGCCUCGCUCAGACAGUGCAAGGAGAAAUGGAUCGCUGUUAAGCUUCUGGGUCGUUUGCAACGAGUCGAGGAUGAGCGAAUUCUGAGCCGGGUCGUCAAGAUGCACGGGUACCAAAUUAUGAAGGCAACCCUUAUACAGUGGAUGGAAGAUUCAAAUGUCAUCUUGCAGGUUCUGGACGUUCUGGACUCCUUACCGCGCAUCACUAGGAACAAGAUUCAAGAUGCCAAAAUUGAGGAGACCGUUGAGAAGCUUGCCACCAACGAGGAUGAGAGGGUCAAGACUAGGGCGCUGGCAUUACUCGAUAUUUGGAGCAAACUAGAAGUUGCUUACAGGAUCCCGCGAGUGAAGAGAGAUCCGAACGCGGCACCAGUCAAGGUGGAAAGACUCGACCGCAGGACUAAUGGUAGGGGUAGGUCGCGCUCCAGGUCACGCUCGCCGGAGCCGCCCAAAGGACCGAAAGGACCAUCUGUACCUGUUGGUGUUCCAUCUGGGCCUAAAUCUUCACUGCCACAGAGAAACUUUGCUGCUCCAACAGGUCCAAGGGCUUCCACUUUCAGGCGACCUCCUCCACCCACACUACCUCUCCCGCCUGGUUGGCUUUCGGCUAUAGACCCGCGCGGUGGCCGUACGUACUAUUAUACCCAAGGCGGAGGCGAAACACAAUGGACGAGACCGACGACCGCAGCAACACAGCCGCAAGCACCACCCCCACCUAUAUCUCAGGAGAGAUUACACCAGCAAAAGCUCCAGGACAUCAUCGAUGGCAUCACUGCAAACUCCACACCGAAAGAUAAACCUUUGUCUACGUCUGCCACACCGUCCAACGCCACACCGAGAAAAGACGGAAAAGAGAAAUGGAGGAGUUUACCUGAAGAAAAGCAGAUGAAAAUAUAUAAAAAUACUCUGCAUCCACAUAUCAAGCAUUAUAUCGACAAAUACAAGCAGAAACUUCCCCGCGAUGAUCUGAAGCGUUACGGUAAAGAGAUCAGCGAAUCUAUGACGAAAUCUGACUUCAAGCACAAACGAGUGUCCGACCCUCACCAUUUGGAUGAUACCCAAGUCAAGCUAGUGCGCAAACACAUUGCACAGUUCUUCGAGAAGGCUGCUACAAAACAUGCGCGGCGAGAAGAGGAGCGAUCCAAACGAAAAGCGCCAAAACAGAAUGAUGAAACGAAAUCCAAUUCAACGAAACCUCAUGACAUCCCUGCAGCGCCCUCGCCUUUCGCAGCAUUAGACCAUGACGGCAAAGAUGUCGAGCUCGACGACAUCAACGAUACCCCGUCUGGGUCUGUAAGAUCUGGAUCACCAGGCCUCAAGAGGAAGAGACCUGCCGACAACACUCCAGAAGAAAUCACCGCUCACAAUGAUAUCAUAUCGCCAAAACGAUCGAAAGUUGACACGCCAUCACCGCCUCCUCCACCACCUACUGAGGAUUCGACGCCGACUGAAAAUGGUGCUGAUGUCAUUGAAACUGUAGCAUACCACCCUGGCCACAUCAGCGACCCUAUGGCCAGCUCGAGCGAUCUUGCGAACUGCAUGAAAGCUUCUCCAUUAGACACCUUGAUGCAAAGUCCUACGCAGCUUGCAACGCCACCAACUACGACGAAUGGAUCUGAGCACGACAGCUGCGAGCAAAACAGACAUCUGCCCGUUGUAAGCGGUCAAUGACAAUUAUACUUUACAUAAUCUUUGUUCAUCAUCCAUAUUCGCGCACAAUUUGGCGUUCCUGCUCCCUGCAUCUACAUCGGCGUUAGGGUUCGUACGCAUGGCUUCACGAGCCAUAUUCUCUGUUGACUGUGCGCAUUUUAUGAAGUCUCUAUUUCGCCGUUCAUGGCAGGGACAAUAUGGACAAGGUGAAAUCUCUAUCAUUAUUGGGCUAUGCAUAUAAUUCUU